AGUGCUGUUUUGCUGUCCUCCGAAGAUACCGGACAUCCUACUCGCGGAGGAUAGAACUAGAACUAUACUGCUAGCUCCUCCGCUAAACGCUCCUUGAAAACAUGUUCUGGCCGGAGCAUAUAUCUACGAUCGGCAUUCUCGCCGCUACCCUUUUCCUUCUCCGUGUACUACACUCCUUUGGCCAUUUCAAGAUUCAGCACACGUUAUGGGAGAAGAUCGGCGUAGUGGGUGUAUCUCCGGGCGGUGGUAUCUUCUCCUGGCUGCUCGCUGUGCUGAAGUCGCCCGUGAAGCUGGAUGAAUAUCUCCAAGAUGGCUACGACAAAUAUUCGAAGCAGGGCAAGCCGUUUGGACUGCCUACCAUGUGGAUGGGCGGUUAUCUUGUCAUCCUACCUCGUUCAAUGUUGCACUUUCUGAACAGAUCCAGGCAGGAGCUCUCCGGAUUUAAUGCUUUGCUCGAGGGCAUCCAAUUCAAAUACCUCCUUUCAGAUCGGGGACGAAUCUGGUCCAAUCCAAUACAUUUUGAAGUAACAAACGAUUUGACAUCAAAGGACUUGGCAGUUCUUGCGCCCAUCAUGAUGGAAGAGUUCGAAAAUGCAUUCCGUACAUGCUGGGAUGAUCCGGGCAUGGCCGACAAUGGUCUCAUUACUGAUGCAUUUGCCUCCAUGACACGAAUCACAUCGCGCGUGUCGGUUAGAGUUAUGCUUGGACUUCCUAUCUGUAGGAAUGCAGAGUAUAUGGAAGAGUCAAUGCGGUACUCCAACUCUAUCAUGCAGAGCGCAGCUAUCAUCAAUUGUCUCCCACCUUUUAUGAGGCCUGUGAUAGGAAGACUUCUUGGUCUAUGGACGCGGCACAACGCGCGGAAAGUACUCAAGUUCAUGGUUCCUGUGGUGGAAGAACGACUGCAAAAGCAUAAGCAGAUGGGUGGCGACGCACACAGCCAGCUCGAUAUGCUCCAGUCACUGAUCCGCGUAGCGCAGAACCAUGGGCCAGCGGAGUUGGGCGCCGAUCGAAUAGCUAAACGCGUUCUUGCCCUCAAAACCAUGUUCAUUUUCGGCAUUGGUUGGGUGUUUGCGCAAGCCGUCUUGGAAAUCUACAGCAAUCCAGACUGCGCCGAUAUAGUCCGAACUCUAGAGCAAGAGUGCCGUAGAGUAGCGAGAGAGAAUAAUGGAUUGUCGACACGCGAGGCAAUCGACAAACUGUACCACGUGGAUUCGGCGAUCCGGGAAUCGAUGCGUCUGAAUGAUGCCUUCCUGCAUACUUUGCCUUUCGAUGUUGUAGCAGGCUCACCGAUCGAAUUGAGCAAAGGUUGGACGAUAAGUCCGGGAUCACGAGUCCGCAUGGCUUACCCAGGACGAUUUGUACAUUUGGACCCUGACAUAUAUCCUGAGCCACGGCGUUUCGAUCCGUUCCGUUUCGUGCAUAAAGGCGACACUAACAGUUCAGAAGAGUCCGGAGAGGAGGCCAUGUCCAAGCAAGAAUUGCUAACCACGCCUAGCAAGUCGUUUCUUUUCUUCGGCUAUGGACGCCACGGCUGUCCUGGCAGAUGGUUUGUAUCUACGCUGGUGAAACAGGCUUUGAGCUACGUGGUUCUCAAUUACGAUGUGGAGGUGACGAAUUUGCCGGGCAAGAAGCAGUCCCUGUUGAACUUUGUGCUCCCUCCAAUGGAGGCAAGACUACGAGUGAAGCGGAAAGUAUCAGUCUCGACUGAGUGACAGCUCCGGCUGUGAUUUAGGGAUUGAGUCAGUUGACUCAUACUUUUGUGGGGG